GUUCCCUUCUCUCUUCGAGGACUUUCCUUUAUAUUUGAUCAGUCAGCUCUGCAUGCAUUCUGCGUUUAACUUUCGAGGAAGAUCAACCGGUAAAACGAGCGGAUUGUGACUAUGGACGGAUUAUCAAAAAGUUUCUGGUUGGUGGCUUUUGCCUUAGUAACAAUGUCAAUGGCAAAGACGGAUGUUGAACCACUCCAUGCUGUUGUAGAGGGUACAAAUCAAUUUAGUUCUUUGUUUUUCCAGUAUGUUGUAGGAGACAAUUCUGGCAAUCUUAUAAUAUCCCCUCUAAGUGUUGAUGUUGUUCUUGCGAUGGUUGGUUUGGGAGCUGGUGGAAACACAGAAGCUCAGUUUAGAAAAGUACUUUCUUUACCAACACCAAAUAAUCUUGCUGCAAUUGGUUAUCAGACACUUAUUGAUAAUCUCAAUAGCGUUAAAGACAAUAUUCUAACACUUGCAAAUAAGAUUUUUAUAGCUGAAAGUCUUGAUAUAAAUCCAAGUUAUAAAAAUUUGACAGAAGUUUACUUCCGUUCUGCUUCUGAAUCAAUAAACUUUGUUGAAAGUACGAAAGCUUCAGAAACUAUUAAUACAUGGGUUGAAAAAAAUACAAAUAAUCUCAUUAAAAACCUUAUUAGUCCUGAUAUGCUAAAUGCAGGCACAAGAUUAGUACUUGUUAACGCAGUAUAUUUUAAAGGUCAAUGGCUACAUAAGUUCAAUACUGAGCUUACUAUGGAUAUGCCAUUCCAUGUUAAUAAGGAUACAGUAAAAAAUGUUGCUACAAUGUAUAGAGAAGGCUACUAUAAAUAUGGUGAACUUCCAAAUUUGAAUGCUAGAUUUGUUGUAUUACCAUAUAAGGGUAAUGAAUUAAGUAUGCUUAUAAUUCUUCCAAAUGAAAUUGAGGGUCUGCUUGAUGUUCAAAAAAAAUUACAAAAUGUAAACUUAACCGAUAUUCUAAAUCAAGGAAUUGAAGAAGAAAUACGCUUACAUUUACCAAAGUUCAAAGUAGAAAGUAAAAUGAUAUUGAAUAAAAACUUGAUAGAGAUGGGUUUGACUGAUGCGUUUACUGCUAGUGCUAACUUUUCUGGGAUUUCUAAUGAGAAAUUAGCUGUUGAUACUGUUGUACAAAAAGCAUUCAUUGAAGUGAAUGAAGAAGGGACUGAGGCUGCUGCUGCUACUGGUCUCGGUGUAAGGCCUCUCUCGAGCUUUUGGUCACCGCCGAAGCCCAUUGAGUUCCACGUCAAUCGACCAUUUCUAUCGAUCGUUACAUACAACAAUGUAAUUUUGUUCUUGGCGAAAACUGUAUCGUAAUUUCUUUCACCUUGAAAAUCAAACAAACGCAAUCAAUUAUCGAUUUUACCUUAUGUCAUUAAAUCUCUUUGAUUUAAAUGACUUUUAUUUAAAUGACUUUUAGUUUUUUACUUAACAUUGAGUUAAGAAUUAAUAGCGUAUACCAUAUUGUGCAUUAUUUUAUCAAUCUCUGCCGAUUGACUGAUUUGACUGAUUUAAAUGAAUGAGUGUUUAUAUGUAAAGAAAAUUGACUUCACUUUAAUUUACAUUUUAAAGUACAUCAUAUUACCUUGGUUUGAUUAAAGGAAAUCGUGCAAUACUAUAAACAAGAUACUACCAAAAUGAAAAUCAUUUAAUAAUAUAAAGUAUAGGAGAAGGAAUAAGAUUUUUUUAUAUUAUGUGUAGUACGAAUCUAAUUUAUUGUGAUUAAUAUUCCUUCAAUUUUAUCAAAAAUUUUCAUCUUCGUUUUAUGUUCAUUAAUUUAUUCAAUUGAAUUCUUUGUUAAGUUUAAUUUGCUUUUUAAUUUCCUGUUGAUUGUGACAAUUUAAAAUGCGAAAUACAUACAAGAAUGAGUAAGAAUUUUAUCUUACAUUUAAGAAAAUUGAAUUAAUUUUAUUAUACUGCAUUAUGUUUAUUAUGCUUCUCAUCGUAUAUUUUGUACAUAUUACUUUGUUUGAUGUAACAUGAUAUUUACGCUUAUGCUUUUUGUUUAUUUUUUAUAUUUUUCUUUGUUUUUAUUUCCUUGCUUAAUUCAUACAUAUAUUUUUAAAUGAAAGCAUUUCAGUAUCUUUUUCAGAAAAUUAAAAGAUAUAUCAAUUAUAAUAUAUGAUUCUAUUUAAAAGAAUGGGGUUCAGUCUACUUUCAUCUUUGAAAGGCAUUUGCAUGUUGUGUAUAAUGUGUCGUUUGAAAUCUGUAUUUGUAUGUACAUAAGAAUUUAAGGACCAAUGCUGGAACUUUUGUAUUAAACUUGUUAAAUGAUAAAUUAAUAUUUGAAUAUGA